AUGCUACAGCAGCUACCCACACUAUGGAGGUCUCUAAAAUCAUAUCAGAUUUAUGGGGCCAAUACUGACGUAGGCAAGACUAUCAUGUCCGUCAUUCUCUGUAAAAGCUUGUCCAGAGUAUUUCCUUCAGAACAAACCUGGUAUCUCAAACCUGUCUCUACAGGACCUUUUGAUCAGGCCGACGAUGUUCAUAUUUCCAGGUUCUCACCCAAAACCAAGACUAGAUGCUUACACCAAUUAGACGAGCCUGUGAGUCCACAUCUCGCUGCACAGAGGAAGCCAUCAAGUUAUAUCUCUGAUGUCAGAAUCCGUGGAGAUACAAUUUCCCAACUGCACUUAUGCGCCAAAGCCGGACCCGGGACUGUACUGGUAGAAACUGCCGGUGGUGUUAAUUCCCCAACUCCCAGUGGAACUAUUCAGAGUGACAUGUAUCGACCGCUGCGGCUGCCAGUCUGUCUAGUCGCUGAUUCCCGUCUUGGUGGGAUUUCUGCAACUAUCUCUGCCUACGAAUCUCUUCAUAUCAGAGGCUAUGAUGUGAACGCUAUAUUACAGUUUGAAAACUCGUCGUGGCAGAAUCAUGUCUAUUUACAAGACUACUUCAAGGAACGAGGUGUUUUAUCAAUGAUUAUACCACCUCCACCCUCACGCCUACCUAGCGCAAAAGAAGAACAGAAAUCGAUUUCUGAAUAUUACACCAAAGUCAGCACACUAGACUGUGUGGAAGAAACUCUACAUAAACUCAUUUCUAUGCAUGAAAAUCGAAUUCAAGAACUCGACCGACUUUCUUCAGAUGCUCAUUCCACGAUUUGGUAUCCUUUUACUCAGCACAAGCUUAUUUCUCCCCAGACAAUAAUGCCUAUUGACUCUGCCUCUGGUGACUUUUUCCAGACCAUCCCACUGAAAAAUGAGCUGCUCUCGUCAGAUGGUACAGACGCUCUUCUCUCAGCUACAUUCGAUGGAUCCGCCUCCUGGUGGACUCAAGGUAUAGGCCAUGGUUCACCAAAUCUCUCUCUAGCCGCUGCAUAUGCAGCUGGUAGAUAUGGACAUGUAAUAUUUGCUGGUAACAUUCAUGCUCCGGCCCUUCAAUUAGCCAAAACCCUUCUCAAUAAUCUAAGCAAUCCACGACUAUCCCGAGUAUUUUUCUCCGAUAAUGGAAGCACUGGAAUAGAAGUUGCAACGAAGAUGGCGCUCACUGCCACCUCUACCCGUUACAAAUAUUCUCAAAAAGAGACAGAAAAACUUGGCGUGGUUGCAUUAAAAGGCUCUUACCAUGGGGAUACAAUUGGUGCUAUGGACUGUUCAGAACCAGGAAUUUUCAAUGAAAAAGUGCAUUGGUAUCAAGGACGAGGCUAUUGGUUUGAAUUUCCUCGGGUUUCUAUGCGAAAUGGCCAGUGGCGUGUCACAUUACCAGAGGAAAUGUUCGAAAUUAAUUCAAAAGCUAGCUCUGAACAAAAAUUCCCAUUCCACUCAUCGCCACAAGUAGAAGGUUCUCAAAAUAUUGACAAAGAUUCCUUUCACGUUUUUCCCACCCUUGCCAAAAUAUUUGAUAUUAGAUUACGAUUAAAGACUGGUUGUGCAGAGCUUUACAGGGAGUAUAUCUUUCAAACCUUGCAAAGGCUCACUCAAAAGGAGGGCCGCAAGUUCGGCGCAGUGAUUAUGGAGCCUGUCAUUCUAGGGGCAGGUGGGAUGCAGCUGGUAGAUCCAUUAUUUCAACAUAUUCUUGUUGAUGUUGUUCGUACUUCACCUCACCUCUUCGGCUCAAAUGAGAAAUCACAAACCUCAAUUGAACAUGACUGGAGAGGUCUUCCAAUAAUCUUUGAUGAAGUAUUCGCAGGAAUCUACCGCCUUGGUAGAUUCUCUGCUGCUUCCUUCCUACAGACACAUCCUGAUAUUUCUGUUCAUGCAAAACUACUCACGGGUGGUCUCGUGCCACUAUGUUGUACGACAUCUAGCGAAAGCAUUUUCGAAGCAUUCUUUUCGAGCUCAAAAGCAGAUGCUCUACUUCAUGGUCAUAGUUAUACAGCCCAUCCUGUUGGCUGUCAUGUUGCCAAUACCUCGCUUCAAAUCAUGAUGAAUCUUGAUGUUUCAAGCGCGUCUUGGCAAAAAGCCCGAAACGACUGGUGGUCUCACGAUAAUAAUAGUCAGCUCAAAGAUCACAGCAGUCUAGAUACAAUUCAUGAAGAUCUUCAGACAACAAUGCCAGCCUCUGAUAAGCAUGGGCUUCCUAAUGAUAGACCAGUCGUGUGGAGUGUGUGGUCAUACGAAUUUAUAUCAAAACUCAGUUGCCAAACAAUGGAGGGAAGUAGAUUGAGCGUUAUUGCUUUAGGUUCUGUACUAGCGAUUGACAUACAUGAUGAAGUUAAUGGAUACACCUCUAAUAUUACAGCAGGUUUGCAAGAGUAUUUACUCAAGGGAAGCGAAGAAUUGAAGGUACACGUGCGUGUAUUAGGAAGUGUCAUAUAUGUCAUGGCUAGUCAGACAUCCGAACCCGAAACCCUGAGAAAUAUCGAGGCCCAUCUAUUCAAGUAUUUUGACCCAGAUAGCGGUAAAGGGUGCUGCCUCAUUAAUCUGGAACUGGAGUUUAUCCAGCUCCCUACAGGCGUCAUUCUUAAUUUUGUUGCUAUUAUUAAACUUCUGAGCUUGAGCGAAGAUGGAGGUAAGAGCGGAAUCAGUAUCAGCGGUUAG